AUGUCUGUUGUUGUGCUUGGUGCCGGAAUAAUCGGUUUGGCCGCAGCUUACGAGCUGACCGAAAAGGGAUACCAGGUUGAGAUCAUCGCCAACUAUUUUCCACAGGACCCUUCUACUCUUGCCAAGAAGGAUUAUUCUUAUUACUACACUUCUCCAUGGGCAGGUGCUCAUUACAGGCCUUUUCCAAAUGUCCAGCCAUGGGAUGCCCGUGAGUCGGACUACACCAGAGUCACUUUGAAAAAGUUUCACGAGUUUGCUCAGAUUUUCUACAAAACCAGUGUGAAGUUCAUCGAGGGCGUGGAGUGGUUCGAGGAUGAAAAGCCCCACUACAAACGUGUGGGAAAGGGCUAUUCCGAGGGAAUCCCCAACUUUAGAAGACUGAACAAUGCUGAGCUACCCAAGGAUGUUUCGCUUGGGUUUAAGUACGAGACCUGGAGUUUGACUCCUCCAAUUUUUCUUUGGUGGCUGCUCCAGACUCUGGAAGCACGAGGAGUCAAAUUUACUGUCAGAACCGUUGACUCUGUCAAGGAGGUGUAUUCGCUAUAUCCAAAUUGCAUUGGUGUGGUGAAUUGUUCCGGCCGUGGAGUCACUCUGGAUGGUUCCAUCGACGAGUUCUCCACUCCAAUCAGAGGCCAGACGCUCUUGAUAAAUCCUCCUCCUAACCACCCUUACCAGAAUCAGACCAUCACUCAUCAGGAUGAAAAAGGAAUCUUCACUUUCAUUAUACCAAGGCCUCUGACUGGAACCAUCAUCGUUGGUGGGACCAAGCAACUGGGUGACACCUACGACAAGCCAAGAGAGGCUGACACCCAAGGCCUCAUUGCCAAGGCCUCGAAGCUCUUUCCAGGCUUGAUGAAGCUGAACCCAAAGACUGGAAAGAAGGAGUUUGAAAUUUUGAAAGUCAACGUGGGUUUUAGACCUGCCAGAUCCAUUGGAUCUCGUGUUGAGCUCGAGAAGGUGGGUUCCAAGUUCCUCGUUCAUGCGUACGGUGUUGGUGGAAUGGGCUACGAGGUGUCGUUUGGAAUUGCUGCAAAGGUCGUUGAACUUGUUGAGACUGGCUCCAGAGUCAGAAAGUUAUGA